AAUUUUCCCAAAGAUAGUAUCUCCCCCUGGGCAGGCUGUCUGGGCUUUGCUGAUCUCAUCAGCCAUGUCUGCCUCCUGCAGCAGCAAAGCCUGACAGGGAUGUGCACAUGCGCACUGCGUCCCUGACUGGUUCUGCGUUGUUGCUCGUCAUGUGACGUACCUACUUGGCGGUGACAUGUUUGAAUAGGAAAUAAUAGUAUGGAGAAACGCAUUUUUGGUAUCCUUACAGAACCUACAGUUUGACAUGUUUUAUUACCAUUGCAGAGCGAUGACACAUUUUAAACAGACAUAUUGCGUAAAUGUAUACACGUUCAUGUGUUCUCUUUGAAAUCCAUACAUCUAACCAUCGGUAAUUGCGACCUUUUGCCAUUACUAGUAAUGGCUGAAAGCUACGCCAUACCUUUGUGCGUCGCGUAGGGGGCGUGUCAGUGCAUUGCCUGGCCAAUAGCUAGCAGGGGGAGGGGUGUGCUGACCCUGUUGGAAGUAUAUGCGGUAUGGACAGUAGGAUGAAGGUGUUAAAACUAUUCAAAACGUUGCAUCGUACAAGGCAGUGUGUAUUUCAGAAUGAUUGUCGCGCCCUGGAAGCUGCCAGACGAAGAAUCAAUGAAGAGUUUAAGAAAAACAAAAGUGAAUGUUCUCCUGCCAAAAUUUCAGAGCUGCUGAAAUUUGGAACUGAUGUUGAAAUUGUUCUCAGAACAUCUGUUGUUCAGGGCAUUCAUACAGAUUCAAAUAAAUUAGUGCUGCAAGCAAGGAAAGACCUUCUUUUAGAUAAUAUACCAUUUUGUGAUGCACCGGAGAAGCAAACAUGAUUAUAUUUUUUUUUUAUUGCAACAAUAUUGUACUCACCAAAAGUGGAAGGACAUUUUCAAAUAAAAGAAAUGUGCCUGCAUACUUGUGCAGCUAAA